AUGUUUCAACUUAAGUGCGCAUCGCAACGCUACGACUGGGGGAAGAUAGGCCAGCAGAGCAUCGUUUAUGCACUACAGGUUGCUUCAAAACAUCCGGACACCUUUCAUGCUGAUUUACCCUAUGCGGAAUUAUGGAUGGGCACUCAUCCAUCGGGACCUUCCUUUCUCUGGGAUCGUCCUGAUAUUGCUUUGGAAGCGUACAUUCAAGAGAAUCCUGCUUGUCUUGGAAACCCCUGUCUGCACUACUUUGGACGGAAGUUGCCCUUCCUCUUUAAGGUGCUUUCAGUUGCCAAGGCACUCUCUAUCCAAGCACAUCCUGACAAGGUAAGCUUAACUAUUGUUGCGAACCGUCAAAUGAGUUAUUGCUCACUUUGUUUUAAAAUGUCUAAUUUAUGUAACUUUCGAUUAGCAUAUGAUGAUGGCGUUUUUUGUCUCACAUCGUGGCGUCGUGCCAUCGUAAAUUAG